AGGGCAGGCGAGAAGUGCUCGCUCUGGCUACUGAACGCGGUUCCUCCAGUUUCUUUUGGGAGAAAGCUUGAUCCUCCUCCAGCUCCCUGCUGAAGGAGUCAGUGUGGGGCUGCUGCCGCCGCAAGAAGCAGGCCGCUUCGUGUUUCCAAGCAAGAACAAAGCACCCUGCUAAAUCGCAGCGUCCUUCCAAGUUGCAGGUGCCAUUAGCAGCGUUACUGGACUCUUACGUUGCUGCUGUUUUUUUACGGCAGGUUUGCUCGCUCUGGCACAGAUGCUCCCUACGAGUGGCUGGCAGGGCAGGAGGCAGCGUGAAGCUGUGGGCUGGGGCGUGUGGUAGCUGCUGUUGUGCGGUAGCUCCCAGUCUGAGGACGCGGGUAUGCUUCUCAGGGGUUCCCCUGGGUCUCAGGAGGCCCGGUGCCUUCUGGAGACUGCAGCUGUGCUUUAAUUAGGGGCUUGUCUGGGUGAGAGCCUAGGAGUCAGUGGAAGGAACUGUGUGUUAGCCUUGUCUGUGCAGCGCCUUCAGCGUAAGUCUGUGUGCAGUAUUGUUGGUCGAAGGAGUCCUGCCUUUGCAAUCUAGUGAAAAUCCAUAAGCAGCUCUAUUAAGAAGUUAUUACAGAAAUUAGGUGUUUGGCUCAAACUGCAUGGCAGGAAGCAUGUUAGGGAUGUCAGCUAAAACAAGUCCUUUAAGGGUAUGAUUGUAUUACAGAGAGGCUCUGCUGCUAAGUUGUCUGAGGCUGGGGCUUCGUAGCACUGCACUCCGCUGUGUUUUUGCAUUUGAGUGGUGACAGCUGUCAGAACACAUCAGACAAGCAGGGCAGGUUGGGCUGUUUGCUUGCAGGAGGACCUAAUCAGAGGAUGUCGCUGGUGUUUCAAGAAAGCAGCAUACUUGAUUUUGUAAUUUUAACUGGGCUGACACUAGGCAGUUCUAAAGUGGGACAGAUCAAAAUGACUCUAUUAGUAACACAUAGGAACUGCAUUGGGACUUUAUCCAUGUUAGGGUAUGCCUGUACUUUUUUGAGCACUGAGACAGUCAGCCUUCCCUUCGUCAGUGCCACUACCUGUGGUAAGAUGUUAAGUGUGACAAUAACAUAAAUCACACUUACUCUGGAUGCACAGUAUUCCUGUGGAGCUCAAAACAUAUGCUGGACUUGUUUUAGGGAGAGCAAGUUUACAGCCUGGAGAAGACUUUUGUCUGUGGACAGUAAGUCAAAUAUGAGCAGGGAUGGCUAUCUGCAUGCUGCGCUACAUGAGCAAGGCCGUGGCCAUUUGAUCAGGGAGUUGUUUGUUGCCUCUUUUCAUCACUCAUGAAACCACACAUCCAGUUUAGAGCCCCACUGUUUAAGAAAGGUGCUGGCAGCCUUGAGGAGGUCCAGAGAAGGGCCGCCAGCAGUGUUGAGUGAUCAGAUUGCAUGGUGUCUGUGGAGAGGUGGAGGAAGCUGCGUUUGUUUAGCUUGAAGAACCUAAGGGGGAAUCUUGCUGCUCUUAGUAAUGAAUAAUUAUUGCUGGGGUUAGAUGCUUAUCAGCCAAGAGACACAAAGCAACAGGUACAAAUUGCAGCGAGGGAAAUUCUGACUGGAAUAAAGAAAAACAUUUUCACCGUGAGGGUGAUCAAGCACUGGAUUGGUGGCUGAGAGAAGUGGUGGAAUCUGCGUCUUUGAAGAAGAUGAUAGGUAGCAAUGAAUCCUCUACUGAAGGACCAAUACCUACAUCCUACUUAACCUUCCUGGCUUACUUACUGGGAGAAUGGACUGGUGUGGAACACACUGAAGAUUAUCUGAGUUAUGGAGUCUACCUUUCAUGGGUGCUUUUUCCACUUGCAGUAGUUUUUAUACUUCCAGUAGCUAUCUUCUUUCUCUGCUUCAACGCUUCCUUUCUCCUUCUUCAUAUUUAUAAAAGGAGGAAGAAUGUAUUUAAUGAAGGACAUUCUGGAGAUGUUUGGUAUGGUGCAAAAGAAAUGUUGGCUAACCUGUGGGAUGGACAUGGGAGAAUAUGGCAUGGUUAUGAACUUCAUGGGGAUGAAAAUAUUCCGGAAGGACCAGCACUUAUUGUGUUUUAUCAUGGAGCUAGUCCUGUUGACUAUCUUUAUUUCAUGGCUAGACUUCUUAUCCGAAGGAAGAGAUACUGCCAUGUAGUAGCGGAUCAUUUCGUCUUUAGAUUACCAGGUUUAAAAAUGUUUAUUGAAGUACUUGGCGUUAUGCAUGGACCAAAAGAAGUAUGUGUCAGUGCUCUGAAGAAAGGCUACCUGUUAGCUGUUUCUCCAGGUGGAGUUCGGGAAGCACUCUUUAGCGAUGAAACAUAUUCUAUUAUGUGGGGUAAUCGAAAGGGCUUUGCCCAGGUGGCCAUUGAUGCAAAAGUGCCCAUCAUUCCUAUGUUUACACAAAAUGUUCGAGAAGGCAUUAGGACAUUAGGAGGAAUAAAAAUACUUAGGAAACUGUAUGAACGUAUUAGAUUGCCAGUAGUUCCUAUGUAUGGCUGGUUUCCAGUCAAGCUUCGUACAUUUAUUGGAGAACCCAUUCCAUAUGAUCCAAACAUAACUGCUGAGGAACUGACUGCAAAGACAAAAGCAGCACUCCAGGCUUUAAUAGCCAAACAUCAGAAGAUACCAGGAAAUAUACUAAGAGCUUUAAUGGAACGAUUUCAAACACGACAGAAAGAAGACUAAGGUCUUCUGAAUAUGACGAUAUGGGCUAAGUGAAGUGGCAUAUCAAAGUCAAAGAAUUUGCAUGUCAGCACAAUGGACCCUGGGAUGAAGCUGGAGGCAAGCGGUGACCCAGGGUAUCUACUACAGCACUCUCAGCAGCCAGAGGAGCUGAUCUGUGGACAAGUUUCCUGCUGCUAUCAGGACAUUGGUAGGACACUCUUGAGGACACGAGACCUCUGGCCAAAUGCCGCAUGGGCACAAGGUAACCUCAUAGCUCCUCUCCCACUGUUGCGCUGGCACGGAGGGCUGGAAUCAGAGUCAUCGUGAGAAGGUGACAGCGUUUGAAAUGAAGACUCAGAUGUAACAGAUGGCAAGCACAGCCCCAAGCAAAAGCAGAUCCCCAAAGGAAAGCACAAAAACAAAUAACAAACAGGCCUUUAAAGUAAAUGAACAAACAAACAAAAAGAGAAAGCCUUAAAGGGAAAUUCGUGGAAAAGUUACAAAAUCACCAGAGAAAAAAAAAAGAUGGGUAGGAACAAAUGUGCAAUAAGGAAGGUGUGCUUUGCUUAAUGCUGCCCACUCCAUCUGAAGGAGCCUCCAGAUGUUCCCUGUUACUCUCAUGUGACUGCAAGUUGGGAAAUAGCUGGUGUGCUGCGAAGUGAGUAAAUCAACGCUGUGUUCUAGGCAGCCGCUGGUAUCAGGGGAACAGCAGAAUUUCUUAUUUGGUAGAAUUUGCUUUAGAGCAAGUUUCACAGAAUUAGCUCGUCACUCAUGACAACACCUUUUACAGGGAGAUGUGAGUUGUAUCCUUGGGAAAAAAGCAGCUGGAGGAUGCAGCAGUCAAAGCUUGUUUUUCCAAAAGCAUCCUCUAAUCCCACUGAACACUGAGACACUGUGAGUAUUCAGUCUGAAAAACGUCGCGUUUUCCAGAGCUGCUGAGCAUUGCUGGGUCCCAUCUGAGAGCGCUGGAACUGCAGGCCCUGACCACCCUCCAGAACGAUACCAGGGCAAGCUCUAGCUGAACCACACAUUUCCUGCAGACAUCAUUGCCCAUUGACUUUUUGUUGCUGAUUGCAGGUGGAAACGAGCGUCCCUGCUGAGCAAGUUGCAAGCCCAGAGCCUCAAUGACAGUCUAAGUCAGAGAUAAAUGGAGAUAACCAACAGGAAAGGCGGAUGCUUCUGGCACCACGCCCGUGCUCAGGCGACUUUCCCCUUUUUUAUUGAGACUUUUUUUUUUGUGGCAGUGGAAUUGAUCAAAUUCCAAAUCUGUAUUAACUUUACAGACACAAAAAAAUUAAAAUCUGUAUAAGGUUGACUUGCUUAAAACUUUGAGAUCACUUGGAGAAUUGCAGGAGUUCACACAUGAGUAAUAAUCCACUCGCUCAGUUUCCUUAUUUAUAAUAGUCGAGUACAUAAGCAUAUCCUUCCAUGUUUUGGGACAUCAUCAUUGAUCUUGCCCUCUCUAAGCAGAUCUGCUUGGUUAACAGUGCAAGUCCUGUGAGCACGUAUGGCAGUAACACAACAGUUGGUAACACUGUGUUUAUUGGUGUGCUCAGGGCGGUACAGAUUAUGCUCACAGCACUUAAUUAGAACCCGACUGAAAAGAAAUAGCUUGGUUGCUGGAAGACCCACUAGGAAAGAGUCUUCAGUUUUGUAUGUAGUUUCCUAUGAAUGAGAAAUCUUUCAGUUUUGGAAAAAUCGAGUGCUUAAGAACAAGUGCAAAGUCUACGAUAUGCAUGAGCUGGUAUGCCUGACCAUGGGUCUGAAGUGCUGCCACAGCAAACAGAUUACAAUAUAAGCACUUUCCCACUUUCCUGCCUCACUUCUGUAGCACAGAGUUUACUGAACAAAUGUGUUUUAUAACGGUGAGAAGAACUUUCUGUCUCUGGUCGGCCUUUCCAAGAUUCCCAUUGCAGUGGUAGGAAGAUACAGCUCCUUCCCAUACAAACAGCUCUCUGUGUACUUUAUGAGCUAUGUUAACUGCUCAUAUGAACUAAGUAGGAGAAAAAAAACAUAUUUGGAUAAUUUUGCCAAGGCACUUGAGACUUUUAUUACAAGGUCUCUAUAUUUAGUUUUUCAGCAUGUUUUUCUACAAGAACCAUAGCAAUUUCUCUCUUUUUUUUCUUUUUUAAGUCAGAAGAGGUGAGAACUGCUCUGAAUAAGCACUGUUCAUGCAGCCUGUAAAAAUUUCUCCAUUUCUUUCCUUUGUUAACAGUCUAUUUAAAUUGUCUGCUAUCUUUGUUUAGCUUAAGAAGAAACUGCUUAGCUUCUUACAUGUCAAAAACUUACAUUAAAAGCAUCCUGGAGAAGGCUUUUGCUCCAGUGGUUAAUAAUUUGCCUAAAAAAUAUGUCAAGUAAAUCCCUUUUACCCAGGGUAUGUAGUCCCGUGCCAUGGCAGCUACCCACCCACUCUACCUCACAAAUUAUAAACUUACGGUGUGUCAUCAAAUGAUUUUCCAGUGCUCAAGAUUGUGGCUUUGAUGUCUUCUGCAUCUGAUUGACAUGAUCUGUUAAGAAAGUUAUUUAUGAGCA